AUGUCGCUCGCGCAAGCAGCUGCUGGAUAGGGGUUGCUUUUGGCGAGCACCCACGCUGACUUGCCGAAUCUCAUUCUUUUACGAAAGAGCUAUCAAUCGACAAGCCCGAGCGGUUACACCACGCGUCUCAAGGCGCAGAGCGAGAUGACCGACAAGCCUUGGUGCUGUCUCUUACAUUCGCGAGGGAUUGGCACGCAUUGGCUCCCUCUUUCCGCCUUCAUUCGACUAGUUUUCUGGGCGUCGUCUUCAGCUGCACAAGUACAGCACUACGGCCUACGACUCCGAUCAGCGAGGCCCCUCAGAUCGCCGUUACGCGAUGCGCAUUAUGUAUUGCACAAGCGACAACAUCACGGGCGACCACGCUACAUCCACGGAGCCAUAAGCGGCUGCGAGAGAACUGUUGUUGCUCCAUUCGCCGCUUUCGGUAAGUUGAUCAUAGUCUCGAGAAAUCCAGCCUAUGGAGUUUGUUCGAUGGACCGUUACUUUGCUCCGCAGUUACCAUAGGGUUACGCUAGAACGUCGAUCCUCUUGGCUUGCACCGAAGACAGAAGUGGGAAGCAGGCACUGCUCAGCCAGCAACGUGUGGUAAGCGUUCUGAACUAUUAACGCCGUUCUCCCGAAGUCAUUGGUCAUCAAUAGAUAUUCAUCUACCAGGUGUAUAUCCCUUGUCCUUUCUCUA